AUGAAAGGCUUCGCCAUUUUAGUGCUUCUACCCUGUCGAAGGUUACGGCAGAAUAAGGGUGCUAAACUAGGAUAUCGACUCCCUCCUCAGUUGCUAAAUCAAUUGAGAAGAGCCGACAACAGAAAACCCCCUAAUGAACUCAAAAUGCGUGAAUUUUGGCCGCAAAAAUUGCAGAUAGCGAUGCAACUGAGUGAGCAGCGGCAUGUAUCAAACGCUCCCUUCAGCAAGCAACCAAGGGAUUUUAAGCAAAUCAAGCCUAAGGACAAGACUGAAAGAGUAGGGAGAAGCACGCCCAGAGGAGAUGGGCCGGUGAAAACGGCUAAAACGGAAGCAGUUGGU